GUCUUCCUCUCUUCUCCCCAUGUGCUUGCUUGCCACGUGUGGCCGCCGCCGGUCAUUCUUUCGAUGAACGCAGAUCCGAUCGACGGUGAGGAUGGGGCGAUCUUCCUCGAUUGCAGGUGAUCAUCGGCAGCAGCAGACUCACGGUACUCCCCACCACCGCGAGCCUCUGUCCCUUAAGCAAGAUGUAUUGAAUUCGAUGGACCAUUCGGUGUGGGGGGGGGAGGCGGCGGCAAGCACGAUUUCCGAGCCAAUAAUACAGCUGCAGCAGGACUACUCUUGUCGUCGAGUGACGAGGAGCCUCGCCAGGGAGGUGGGUGGUUCUCUCUCUCCUCAUCCUCGCCCCUUUGGCAGUGAGAAUCUGGCGGCCGGCUCCGCGAGAACCUACAGCGGUAAUCCCAUCUCCCCGGCAGCGGCGCGACGAAAGUAUCAACAAAAGUCGGUGACGUCAACGCCAUCGCGUUCGUGUUCGUGGGGCGGCGGGUUCGACGAGCGUCCCGUGUUUUCGUGCCCGUCGUCCCCAUACGACGGCCGGGAUCGCGGCGGCGCAGAUCGGGAUCCGGAGGAGGUCCAACAAGGCGGUGGUGGCAGUGGGGGCUGCAGUCAACAAGAUCGCGCUCUCACUCCAGAAAGCGUGGACUUGAUGCCGUUUUCGUUGGCGGGGACCAGGUCAGACAGAGCGAGGCGUGCUGCAAGGACGGCGGCGAGGGGGUGUAUGGUGGGAGCAGGAGGGGGAGGAGGGAGGAAAGACGAUUCAUUUUCCUCGUCGCCUCUGAGAGUUUGCAGGUCGAUUUCCUUCGACUGGACAAACGAUCGAGUCCUCGCCGACAAUUCUGACGAAGAAAUGUAUUCCGCCAGACCAUGUGGAGGUGUCAUCAAAGAACUUGGCGUCGUGAGAUCGGAGGCCGUCUCUCCUCCUUCCAGUGCUUGUAAAACGCGACAACAGCGGCGGCAACAUAGGAGAGCUCCUUCGUGUGGAGGUGAUUUCGAGAUUGCGGGAGCUGAGCCCGCCGCCCAUUGGCCCGAUCACGGGAGGGCGGACUUCCUUGGUGGAUUACGUUCUGCCGAUUCCUUUUCGCGUUCCAGCAUGUACCGUCAGCGGCAGUCGAGCUUCAGCGGUGUACGAUCCUCGGCUCCGCUGUUUACGCCUGCAGCAGGUGAUGUCGUCGGUCCAGCAUGUUCUACUCCUUCUAGGUCUGAUAAUCCUGGAUAUGGCGGACACAGCUUCAUUGACUGGCUGAAGGACCCCCCCUCCUCUUCCGCUCACGCAGACCCUGCUCAUGUUCUUCCUUCGUCGACUGAUGGCGUUGCGGGUGCAGGAGUGCCUUUCUCCGGUUUCUUCACCAGCAAACGACGAUUGCGCCUCGAUGAUGGUGAUCAGACCAGUACUGGACCAGAAAAAGGAUUACGUAAGGGUGAGAUCGGAGACGGGCGUCAUGGAUUUGGCGGCUGGUGGUCGCGCGGGGGGAUGGAGCAGAGUCGUCUGCGCGAGGACGAGGACGGGGAGGAGGACAACCAAAUGGGCGCAUCAACUAUGUCUCCUUCAACCGAUUUCGCUGGGUAUCGGAAGCAUCAGAAGCAGAAGGGAGGGAGGAAGAUAGAGCAUCUUGCGUCCAUGUGGAGGGGAUGGACAGAGAAUCGCCGCUGUUAUUAUUCGAUUGCUGAUGUGGAGGCAACGUCGUGGCUGGGUUUUGUCCUGGCGGCUCUGCCCGUCAGACGCGGGUUGCAAGUCGAUCGUCGAGCGCUGCAUUUGUGUCUCAUUGCCCUCAUCGCUGUCGUACUUGGUGUCAUCAUCGGACCAGGUUCAAUGCCUCGCUUGCCUAAUUUGGAAAUAGUAGGCUCCCAUCGUUCGUGUUCGUCCAUGGCUGGUGAUGCGAAUGUGGAGCCACCCAAGGACACAGGCAAUGGGUUGAUGGCCAUGUCUCCUAUCCCGUCUGCAGGAGAUGGAACCGCGUCUUCUCUAAUGAUAGCGGCGAAGUUGGAGGCGUCGCAGAGUUCUAUCCAGUGGUGGGAAAAAGAUGAUGCCGUGGAGAUCCGACGGAUGUGGUUUGAGCAGCAGUCGUCUCUCCCAGAUCCUUUCGCUGAGACUCCAGUCACCUUCCUCUAUUCGUCGGCUCUCGUCAAAGGGGAUAGAAAAGUGGAGGAGACAGAGUCGAAGUGGGAGGAUGACAGCGAGCACGGACACGGGGAGGAUAACGAGUUCAAUUCCGCUCAUGGGCAUCUCGACGAUGUCCAACUUGUCUAUUCUGUAGAUAUGGCGGACGACGCGACGAAUGGCCCGGACUACAAACUUGUGGAUGCUGUGAGAGAUGACCCUCUGUGGACAGACAGGAGUGUGGCUGAGGUCGAGUCGCAGUCGCAGUUGCAGUCGUCGCAGUCGCAGUCGCAAUACGUUCUUUUCGAGGAACGCAGUCGUUCACAUGAUUAUCAUGAUGAUCGGUACUUGCUCUCUAACAAUGACGAUGAUGAAGGCGGUGCGUACAUGUUGUCCUCUGCUUCGACGACGCCGUCGUCGUCGAUGCUGGACAUCGUACGGCCCGCAAAAGAUGCUGACCAGCUUCUCAGCUCCUCGGCAGAGGAUGAUGACAUUGUGCUCGUCCCGUCGUCCUCCGUCAUCGAGCAAGAAUUGAGCGCGACGUCAUCCCCACGGAGACAUGAACGUGGUCGUGCUUAUGGUUCUGAUUCGUCUGCAGGAGAGGUGGUUAUUAGUCCUGCAAAGCUGGCGGCCAUGCAAACACCAGAGGCGUCCUCUGUAACGGAAGACGGCGUUGUCGUUAACGGCGGCGAUGACGAGGAUAACGGAACCAUUGUUGGGGUGAUUGAACUCGAUGCCGAUGAUUGGGAAAGCUCUGCGGCAUUCGCUGCUGCUGCUCGGUACGAUUACGACGCAGCAGGAGUAGUCAAGUGGGAGGAAGAGGCGUUUUACCCGACCGUUGAAGAGGAGGAGAUGGGUGGUGUGUGGAGUUCGUCUGCCUUCGUUCGCAAACUCGAUGCAGGCGAGAUCGAUCGACUUGGUCUCCGUCCCCCGUCAGCGUCUGUUAGUGCUCUGUCUGAUGAAUACCUGCUGGUGAGUGAAGAGGAGAUGAUCGUCGAUCACGAGGAAGAUGAGUUCGUCGACUGGGUUUCUAUCUGGACCGUUGAUGGCUUGGGCGUUCGGGAUGAUGCCACUCGCAGUGGGAGUGGGAGUGGUGUCCCUAGCUCUCCUGAUGGCUUUGGGAGUGCACAUGCGUUUGGUGGAGAUCAAGGAGAGGAAGAAACAGAUGGUAUUCCUCGGCCAUCCGGAGACGAAAGAGGAGCUUUGAUCGGUCGUCGUCAUCGCGAUCCCGACAGCGAUCUUGCUCAGACGUACCCUGGACUGUGGGGAGAUGUUGCCACGUGGACGCUGACUGCUUCUUUGUCGCUCGUGCUGCUCAUUUGGGGUAUCGCUAAUGGCUCCACCGAAACGAAGCUGAUGAAACUUGUCAUGACGGAGGAGGAAGAGGAGAGGAGGCGGUCCAGAGGCCAUGGUCAUCCCAAGGAGAAGGAGAGGUCAUCCAUCACCGCUGAUUCGGCUGUCUCCACUGGAAAUCGCUGCAGCGAUCAACUCGAUGGUGGUGGUGUUAUGACAAAGGAGAUUGCUAUGGUGGCGGUUGGGAGAAGGGAGAGAGAGUACCCCGCCGGGGAGUCCUCUGUCACCCUCAGCAGCAAUCUCCCGACGAGUACUGAACACUCGUCCGCUAGCAGUGAUGACAUCAACAUGAUGAACACCGGCGAGGUAACCUCGCCGUGUUCUUUUUUCCGAGAGAAGAAGAAAUCUUCGUUCUUCAGCAAACAGGAAUCAGGAGCAGAAGCUUUCUCUGGAAAAGCUGUUCUCAAGGCAUGCGGCAUGAAUUCCGUGUCGGCGUCCUUCAUUGGCGGACAGUAGGUGAAGGUGCCGCUGAUUUCGAUUUGCGGUCGUUCUUCAUUGUUGGACAGCAAGUGAAGGUGCCGCUGAUUUCGAUUUGCGGCCAUUCUCCUGGGUGGAAAGUUGCUCAACAUUGUGUGAACAGCAAUGCGGAAGAAUUAACGACAUCGGCAUGGGGUACUUGACCAGGAAGCCCACCCACCCUCACAGGCCCUGCAGUCCAGUGGUCCCCAUGGAGAUGGUCAUCGACUUUCUGGGUCACCAACCAAUAACAAUGUUCGUCGACUUUCUUGAUUGCCUCUUGUGGCUGGCGAUGAAAGU